AUGGCCUCCAGCACAACAGCGGUAAUUGAUCAAUUGAAGACGGUCUUCAGUUCCAAGGUGGUAACUCCCGAUGUUGAAUCGGAGUACCAGACAGCAGUGGCAGUCCCCUGGUCGCAGACGUGCUGGACCCCGGCUGCGGGGUAUGUAUACUUGAGCAAUGCUCAAGAGCUAAAUGAAGCACUGGAGAUUGUCAAAAAGACGGGAACCAAAUUUACCAUCCGUACUACUGGCCAUAAUCCCAAUAUAGGCUUCAGCAGCGCCGAUGAGAUGGCUGUUGUUUUAGAUAUCCGUCAGUUUCAGACCAAGAAACUGGGUUCAGACGGAGUCGCUCGAGUGGGGUCUGGAAACACCUGGGGGGAGGUGUAUGCCUGGUUGGAGGAGCAGAAGUUAUCGGCAAUUGGUGGUCGAGAUCAGCAGGUCCUUUUGGCUGAUGGUAGAUUGGUCAAUGCGAACGAAAAAGAAAACGUUGAUCUCUACCGCGCUCUAAAGGGCGGUGGCUCCAAUUUUGGAAUUGUAACAAGAUUUGACCUCGAAACUCACCCUCUGAUCAACGUGCAAUACACAAUCAAUCUUUACAACCCCGAGGAUCAUGUCGAAAUCAACAAAGCUACAGUCGCGGUUCAGAAUGCCAUGGAAGAUUAUCCUAAGAUCGGGCUAUUCACCAACUUCAACAACGGCUUCGUCGCUGUGGGCUUGCUCUAUGGCGACAUCCCCACCGAGCGACCUACGACUUUCGAGCCUUUUUAUAACCUCAAAAGCUCGAUGACAACAGUCCUACCUUCCACAAAUGGCACUCUCUUGUCAUUGGCCCAAGCAAUGGGCCAUAAACAGGAGGCUAAGAAGCGGGCUAUUUGCACGAUGACGACCAAGGUGUCACAGGAACUCUACGAGGACGUCUACAAGCUCUGGACCGAAACCUGUAAGUCCCUUCCGGCUGACGCAGUCUUGCAUUAUACAAUUCAGCCAUUUGGUAAGGCUGGUGUGCGGGCAGGGAAGGAUCGUGGCGACAAUAUCAUGGGCCAUGAGAGUAUCCCGCAGUGCUGGUGGGUUUUUACCUGCGAGUGGCCCCAAGAGGGUAGCGAUGAUGCUGCAGCGCAAAAAGCAGUCGCCACGAUGGCCGAAAGCGUCGAGUCGCUGGCCAGCGGAAAGAAUCUUCUACUUGACUUCAAGUGUAUGAGCUUUGCCAAUGCUCAUCAGAAGGUACUCCGUAGCUAUGGGGCCGAUAAUGUCGAGCGAAUGCAGGAGGUUGCAGCCAAAUACGACCCCGAGGGGCUUUUGCAGAAGCUACAGCACGGAGGCUUUCUGCUACGUGACAACAUCUAG